AUGGAAUCGAAUAAUCAAGAAGGUCGAAUACUUUUAGCUAUCGAAGCUAUCAAUAAAGACCAAAAAUUAAGCAUUCGGAAGGUUGCUAAGCUAUAUAAUAUCCCGCGUACAAAGAUUCAGCGCAGAAUGGACGGUACUACCCCUCGUAUCGAAUCUCGAGCAAAUGGUCAUAAUUUGACCAAAUUAGAAGAGGAAGUGCUUAUCCAGUAUAUAAUCGAUAUGGAUGAGAGAGGGUUUGCAUCUAAAUUAAAUGGUGUAGAAGAUAUGGCGAAUUAUAUUCUCGAAUCGCGGGGUGCGAAGAAGAUUGGAAAGCUCUGGGCUUAUCGCUUUGUUAAACGAUGCCCAGAAUUAAAGACGUGUUUUAAUCGCAUUUAUGAUUUUCAAAGAGCUCUCUGCGAAGACCCCAAGCUUAUUGAAGAGUGGUUGCGAUUGGUAUCGAAUAUACAGGCGAAAUAUGGUAUUGUCGAUUCCGAUUUCUACAAUUUCGACGAAACCGGCUUCAUGAUGGGUAUAAUAUGCCCUGGAAUGGCUGUAACUAGUGCUGAACGAAAUGGCAGAAGCAAGGCAAUACAAUCAGGCAAUCGAGAGUGGGCUACGGCAAUUAUAUGUGGCAAUGGAGAGGGUGAAACUAUACCUCCAUUUCUGGUAGUUCAAGGACAAGUUCAUCUUUCCAAUUGGUAUACCGAAACCGAUUUUCCUACGGAUUGGGCUAUUAAACCUACUUCCAAUGGAUGGACGAAUAAUGAGACAGGGUUAGAAUAA